AGAGAGUGCAAACGAGAAGGAACGAGCGAGAGGGACGGGCAGAGCGGCUAUGGCGGCCGAAAAGGCUCCUCAGUAGGCGGAAGGCGAAGCUCGGCGGGUUCGCCAGGCCUCCGGGAUGGCGGCUCACCUGAAGAAGCGGGUCUACGAGGAGUUCAGUAAAGUGGUGGUCCAGCAACAGCAGCAUGAAGAAAUUUCGGCCAAAAAACUCCGGCUAACCAAGCCCAGCAAAUCCGCUGCCCUUCAUGUAGACCUUUGCAAGGCCACAUCGCCCGCCGAUGCGUUGCAGUAUCUUCUUCAGUUUGCUCGAAAACCUGUAGAAGCUGAAAGCGUGGAGGGUGUCGUGCGAAUCUUGCUGGAACAUUAUUACAAGGAAAAUGAUCCCUCUGUCAGACUGAAAAUUGCUUCCUUGCUGGGCCUGCUAUCAAGAACUCCUGGUUUUUCUCCUGACUGCAUUCUGGAUGAUGUUGUUAACACCCUCCAAACUGAAAAAUCUCACCAAGUUCUGGCUCAGCUUUUGGAUACUUUGCUGGUGAUUGGGAAUGAGCUUCAGGAAAAUCCUGCCGUCCGAGGGCGUCUUGUAGACGUAGCCUGCAAGCAUUUGACAGAUUCCUCGCACGGUGUAAGGAACAAAUGCCUGCUCCUGAUUGGCUGUCUGGGGACAGUGGAGAAAGCUGUCUCGAAGGAAGUGGAACGCCAGUCUCCCAAAGACGUGCAGAAGAUCAUAGGGGAUCACUUCAGCGACCAGGAUCCACGCGUUAGGACUGCAGCUAUCAAGGCUAUGUUGCAGCUUCACGAGAGGGGAUUAAAGUUGCAGCAAGCCAUUUAUAACCAGGCUUGCAAACUCUUAAUGGAUGAUUAUGAACAGGUCCGCAGUGUAGCGGUGCAGCUUACCUGGGUCCUGAGUCAGCUUUACGCAGAAAGCAUUGUCCCCAUCCCAUCUUCCAAUGAAGAAAUCCGGCUGGUCGACGAUGCGUUUGGGAAGAUCUGCCACAUGGUCAGCGAUGGCUCCUGGGUGGUGAGAGUCCAGGCAGCUAAGCUCUUGGGGUCUAUGCAGCAAGUCAGCUCUCAUUUUUUAGAACAGACCUUGGACAAGAAGCUGAUGUCAGAUUUGAGGCGAAAGCGCACGGCUCACGAACGGGCGAAAGAGCUGUACAGCUCUGGGGAAUUCUCAAGCGGCCGGAAAUGGGGGGACGAUGCCCCCAAAGAAGAAAUAGACACGGGAGCCGUGAACCUCAUCGAAUCGGGGGCCUGCGGCGCAUUUGUUCACGGCCUGGAAGACGAGAUGUACGAGGUCCGGAUUGCCGCCGUGGAAGCCCUUUGCAUGCUGGCCCAGUCUUCGCCCUCUUUUGCUGAGAAGUGCCUCGAUUUUCUGGUUGACAUGUUUAACGACGAAAUUGAGGAAGUGAGGCUGCGGUCGAUUCACACCAUGAGGAAGAUUUCAAACAACAUCACCCUGCGAGAGGAUCAGCUGGACACAGUGCUGGGGGUCUUGGAGGAUUCCUCCCGAGAUAUCCGGGAAGCUCUCCACGAGCUGUUGUGUUGCACCAACGUCUCGACCAAAGAAGGCAUCCAUCUUGCCUUGGCGGAGCUGCUCAAAAACCUCGCCAAAUAUCCGACAGACAGGGAUUCCAUUUGGAAGUGUUUAAAGUUUCUGGGAAGCAGGCACCCCACUCUGGUGCUCCCGCUCGUCCCUGAAUUGUUGGGGACCCACCCUUUCUUCGACACCCCUGAACCAGACAUGGAUGAUCCAGCUUAUAUUGCCGUCCUGGUUCUGAUUUUCAACGCGGCCAAAUCCUGCCCCACGAUGCCGGCGCUCUUCUCUGACCACACCUUCCGGCACUACGCUUACCUCCGGGAUAGCCUCUCGCACCUGGUCCCGCCGUUGAGGCUGCCUGGGAAAAAGCUGGCCUCUUCUUCCGGGCUUGCCAGCCUCACCCUUCCGGAAGACCCUUCUCAGGAAUUUCUACAGCAGAGCCUGGAACGAGUUUUCAGCCUUCAGCACCUGGAUCCCCAGGGCUCUCAGGAGCUGCUUGAAUUCACCAUUCGGGACCUUCAGAGGUUUGGAGAACUACAGUCUGACUUAGCCGGCAUGGCUGACUUUUCUGCAGCUUACCUACGCUGCCAGCUCCUUCUCAUCAAGGCUCUGCAGGAAAAACUCUGGAAUGUGGCGGCUCCCCUGUAUGUCAAACAGAAUGCGCUCGCCUUGGCUGCAGCUCGACAGAUUAUGGAAGAAACGUACAAGAUGGAGUUCAUGUACAGCAACGUGGAGCAUAGGCAGGUGGUCAUCAUCCAUCAUAUGAGGCUGCAGGCCAAGGCUCUGCAGCUGAUCGUGACGGUGCGGACAACGAGAGGGGUGGAACCGCUCGGCAUAUGUGAGAAAUUUUUGCAAGAAGUGGACUGUUUUCAAAGGUGUUUCAUUUCCGAGCUCCCCCACAUGCAAGGCAGCUUUGUGGAUAAGCUGCUCGACCUGAUGCCCAGGUUGGUCACUUCCAAGCCUUCAGAAUUGGUCAAGAUCCUCCGGGUGACCUUGCGACAGAGUAACUUCCUUCAACUUCCAUUGCCAGAGAAGAUCCACCGAGGAACUGCCACCAUUAUUGAGCCCACAGGAGAAUCGGACAAUCCCCUUCGCUUCACCUCAGGAUUAGUGGUCGCAGUGGAUGUGGAUGCCACUCUAGAACACGUGCAAGAUCCUCAAAACACAGUGAAAGUCCAGAUCAUGUAUCCUGAUGGUCAGUCUCAGGUGAUCCAUCCGAAACCGGCAGAUUUUAGAAAUCCUGGUCCAGGAAGGCACCGAUUAAUUACUCAGGUUUACCUUUCGCACACUGCGUGGACAGAACCUUGUCAAAUUGAACUCCGUCUUCUCCUGGCCUACAGUUCGGACAGAACCAAGGCCUCCGUGGACCUCUCGCGCUCCACCUGGGGAGACAGCCCGGAUCUUCUCCCCCCAUCUGAGGGCAGCAUCGAAGGGACGCUCCUAUUCAGCAAACCAGUCAAAGUUUAUAUUAUGCCCAAGCCUGCCAGACGGUGAAAGCUGUAGUUGCAAACUCAUUUUUCUUUUUUUUUGGGGGGGGGGGAAUUUAAAUCCGUUUUGGAAGUUGACGGGACUUCCGUAAAGACCAUCGAAGUGGACCUAUGGUGGGAGACGGUACCUGCUGGCCUCCAUUUUUAAAAACUCUGCCCUCUUCUCUGCUUACGGAAGUCCCUGGGACUGGGAAGUAGUAAAAGAAGUUGCUACUCAAGA